UUAAAAGUCAAUUUACAUAAUUAGUGCUUGACCUUCAAGCUUGCGUAUCGUUCGAGAAUGAAUGUGAUUAACGUAGUCUUUCGUAAGCAGAAUGGCGACCAUGUUGUAUAGGGGAGCUGCUUUUGCUGAAGUUUUGAUUGGAAAACAUGGCACAAAGCUCGUUGGUGCAACUACAGCUAGCAAAUGGAACCAGCAGCAACGACGAAAUUUGAAUGUACACGAACAUAUAAGUUACACACUUUUAAAAGAUGCAGGUAUUUCAGUACCAAAAUUUGGUAUUGCAAAGACAAAGGCAGAAGCACAAGAAAUUGCAAAGAACCUGAAUGUGAAGGAUCUUGUAUUGAAAGCGCAGGUACUGGCUGGUGGGAGAGGAAAGGGAGCAUUCAAAAAUGGUUUAAAAGGAGGUGUAAGGAUGGUUGACACGCCAGAGGAAGCAGCAGAACUAGCAGGGAAGAUGAUUGGCCAGUACUUGGUAACAAAACAGACUGGUGAAGCGGGGCGUAUCUGUAAUUCUGUUAUGGUUACAGAACGGAAGUUUCCACGCAAGGAGUAUUACAUUGCUGUCAUGAUGGAGAGAGCAUUUGCAGGUCCUGUAUUGAUAGCCUCAUCUCAAGGUGGUGUUAAUAUUGAAGAUGUUGCAGCAGAGAAUCCUGAUGCCAUUCACUAUGAACCAGUUAACGUCAUGGAAGGAAUAACUAAAAGUCAGGCAGAGAGAGUAGCUGAGAAAUUAGGACUUGGUGGUGAUAAGAAGGCUGGGACAGUAGAUAUGUUGUUUCGACUUUAUAAUCUAUUUGUCGAGAAGGAUGCACUUCUUAUAGAAGUAAAUCCUUAUGCAGAAGACACUGAGGGAAACUAUUUCUGCUUGGAUGCCAAAUUCCGUUUUGAUGACAAUGCAGACUUCAGACAGAAGGAUGUCUUUGCAUUAAGAGAUUGGACUCAAGAGGAUGAAAAAGAAGUUGAAGCUGCAAAAUUUAAUCUCAAUUACAUUGCACUUGAUGGUGAUAUUGGAUGCCUUGUUAAUGGAGCUGGUCUUGCAAUGGCAACAAUGGACAUCAUUAAACUUCAUGGAGGAAGCCCAGCAAAUUUCCUAGAUGUGGGUGGUGGAGCCACUGCACAAGCAGUCAAGGAAGCAUUCAAAAUUAUUACAGCAGAUCCCAAAGUCCAUGCCAUUAUGGUUAAUAUUUUUGGUGGUAUAAUGAGGUGUGAUGUCAUAGCCGAAGGCAUAGUGGCAGCUGCAAAAGACCUUAACCUGAAAGUUCCAAUUGUCUGCAGACUGCAGGGCACGAACGUGGAUGAUGCCAAGGUUUUGAUUGCAUCAUCAGGGCUCAAGAUACUGGCAUGUGACAACUUGGAUGAAGCAGCACGUUUAUCUGUCAAGUUGUCAAAUAUCGUCAGCUUGGCAAGAGAUGCCAAACUAGAUGUCAACUUUGAAAUUCCCCUUUAAGAGAUGAAGAUAGACUGUUGAUUCCCUGUGUAUAUUUUCAUAUUGAUUUCUUUUUUCAUGAUACCACUUAUGAAGUUCAUGUACUCCAUUUUGUCUUUCAUUUUGGAAGUUAUUGCUUUGUUAAAUUUCAUUUGAAUCUCUUAAAUGAGUAUUAUAUAAUAUUUGGUAAUGUACAUUUAUGUUCGUUAUCAUAUCUCUUUUGUUCUGUAUGUGAACAAAGGUUUUUUAAUGUUCUUUUGUAGGAAAUAGGCAAUUACCAAAUGUGACACUACAGAAUUUGGGUGAAGUAAUCUCAUAUUGUAAUGAAAUUUAUUGUUUGUAAAUCGGUUUUUAGUCCGAUCCCAGAGCACAUGAACUUCAUUUACACUUAUAUUAUAAUGUUGUACUUAUGAAGUGAGAUGUUCACUGCAGUUUUGGACAGAAAAUAUUUUGACUUUCAGAGCUCCCAGAUAUGGUACUGUAUACUUACAUGAAGUCUGAACAGUUUUAAGCAGCAUAACAGAUAGCCUUCUAAGCUUUCCAUUGCAUUGUGGACGUGUCCCUUACAGAAUCCCAAUCUCAGUUCUUUAUUACAUAAGUACAGUGGUUUAUUUGUUUGUCUCCAUUGUAUCUGUUUCAUAAUAUUCAGGGUUUCAUAAAGCUGUAGUAUAGUGAAUGAAUUUUUUACCAUUGAGCAUAUGAUUUUGUUACCCAAGUAUAACCACUAUGUUACAUGUAUUAACAUGUAAUGAAAGAAGACAGUGGAUUGAGGACACUUUGUAAUAUCUGCAUUGUUACAGUUUGAAUUUGUUCCAAAUUAAAUAUUUUGUGUAUAUAAUGGUGGAAAUAAGAAAGAAAGUUAGCUGAAUUCCUGUUCAGUAUUGGGAUAUCUAGAAAUUAAUUUUUGAUGUGAAAAUGUGUUGUGCAUGUGUAUUUAUUUUUGUUUGAUGUGACAGCAUUUGUGAAGCCCUAUUAAUUGUAAGGAUACAAUGUGAGGUUGAAUUUGUUUGUUUUUGAAUGAAACUGUGCUUGGGCAGCUGUAAGGGUUUCAUGAAAUCUGCAUCAAAAAUAUCCAUUGAUGUGAAUAAAUCUUUGCUAUAGUAAUACUAAAGCUCCCAUUGCCAAUAACUUUCCCACAUGUAUGAAUUUAUGCACAAAGUAAUUAUAUUGUGAUUUUCAGGUUAUUUUUAUUAAUUUAUUUAUUUAUUUGUGUAUACAUUUAUGUUUUCAUCAUAUUUUUAAGGGUAUCUUUUAUUUAUCUUAUCUGAUACUUUUUCCUUUAUGUUUUGACAACUUACAUUGAAUUUAGUAAUCAUGUUAAGUUGUUAUAUAACUGGGAGCUUGUAAGACUAACAUUAACAUUGGCUGUUACAAAACUCUUUCUACAGGAACUUCUCAAGUUAGAUUUUGUCUAUACUGUAUCUGUGGUAGGCGAGGCAUAUGGUAUAAGAGUAUAAAUGUAAUAAUACAUGAUGAAAAGAAAGGAAGUUUGUAUCUAUA